UUAAAUAAUAAAAGUAUGUUUAUAAAAUAAACGAAUAAGUAAAUAAACGAAAUGAAUGAAAAGCCUAUCAACUAAUUGGGUGGUGUCGAAGACGAUCGCAUACUGAAAGGAGGGAAAGCAGGAAAGUUUGGUUGAAAUAGCGUGGGAACUUCAUUCAUCUUACAGAUGGAUAAUGAUAACGAUUUCACUUUUUGCCAGGUUGGCUCGCCUGGCAACCAGGAUGGUCUUGAGACAAAGAAGCUCACUUUAGAUAUAGAAAAUAUUGCCAUAAAAGACGGAUUGUCAAAUGGCAUUAAUAGUAAUCAGAAUAGAGGUUUUCUGUGGCAAAGUGGAUUGCCAUUAGGUGCCACUUCUGAAAAGCAGGAAACAGUUGGUUCUCUUUCUGUCAGUGUUAUUGAUGCGUCAUCCACGAACCGAAAAUCUGAAUUACCAAAACAACCAUCGUCAGGAGGUGCUGGGAAGUCAGUGAAGCCUGUACCUCGUGCCAAAGUUCCUUUUGAGAAGGGGUAUAGCCAAAUGGAUUGGCUCAAGCUUACUCGAACACAUCCUGACCUUGCAGGUUUAAAGGGACAGUCAAAUAAGAGGCUGAUUUCAAUAAAUGAAGUUAAACAACACCAAAAAGGGGAUUCAAUGUGGACUGUUCUAAAAGGUCGUGUGUACAAUUUGUCUCCUUACAUGAGAUUUCACCCUGGAGGUGUUGAUAUGCUAAAGAAGGCGGUAGGAAAAGACUGUACAUCUUUAUUCAAUAAAUACCAUGCUUGGGUGAAUGCAGAAUUUUUACUUGAGAAGUGUCUUGUUGGUACUCUAGACGAUGGCGAAGGGCAACAUUCCAAUCAUUAGAAAUUUUAGGCCAGUUCAUCAUACAGGCAGAUUGGUACAGCAAUUUAUUUUUCAAUUCAAAUUUUAUCAAGCGAACAUCAUAUUAUCAUACCGGAAAAUAAUACAUUUUUACGUUAGAACUAGACUUUCUCAUUCAUUGUUGUACCAUGUUGUCAAAUUCAGAUUCUGUUGUAUAUUAUUAUUUUCAUAAUAA